AUGGUCGAGAUUGGAGGUGGCGAUAUCAACUUCGGGCUGCCGCUGGGAGGUGGCUACGUGAUCAAUGUCACAAUUCCGGCCGUGAUCCGGGGCCUGGCCGAUGGAAUCCACAACUUGUACGCACACGGAGCUCGCCAUGUCUUGCUCUACAACAUGCCCCGCGCCGAUUGCUCGCCAAACUAUCUUCAGUCCUUCCAGCAGUUCCCCGUGUACCACUACAACAAGGAUGGUUGUAUUGUCGAGAUUGCCCAGCUUAUCUCCUACUUCAACUCACAACUCCAGGCUUUGGCGGCCGAGCUCACCCAAGAGUAUCCCGGUCUCACUGUUUACUACUUUGAUUGGUUUGCUGCCAACACCUACGUUUUGGAGAACAUGGAUGAGUUUGGCUUCACGAACUCGCUCCAGUCGUGCUGUGGCGGCGGUGGCAAGUUUAACUGUGAUGGAGAUGGUCUUUGCGGCUGUGCGCCAUUGAACCACACAGAUGCAGUCUACACGGGAAGCUCUUGCCGAGGUGGACGCCAAAAAUCCAUGAGUGGGGAGCGUGGUGAUCCCCAGGCUUGGCAAGAGCUGAUAUCGCUUUUAACUCGCAGGAGGAAGGUGUGGUUUGUAUCCGGAUCCUCGGACUACGCCUGA